GUUCCCUCCGCCAGUUGCAGUUGCACUAGCAACUUGCAGUGAUUGUUGCAGUGGCGCCGGCAUUGGUGACGAUGUUAUAAGUCAUACUCUACCCCGACUCAGGGGUCAGCGGAUGGGAUGCCAUCGACCAUCCUCAGGCCCUUCAUUCCUCCUUUAUAGCCGCCGACCACGCCGCGCCAUGACUAGGCUCAGCCACGCGCUAGUGUUGCUCGCCGGGGCUGCGCCGACGACGGUACUCGCGGCGCCAUCGUUGCUCCUGGCUCGCGCGCCCAACCCGCCGACGGCGCUCCCACAGCGCGCCACAGCCAACGAUCUGCGCUGGCAGCCGUCGCUGGACUUCGACACGGAUGGCUGCUACAACGUCCCCGCGAUCGACGCGCAGGGCAACAUCGUGCAGGGCCUGCCGAACGAAUGGACGGGCUACGCCAGCGACUGCCGCGACCCGUCGGACCUGGACAACAACAACGUCUACUCGCGGCAGCGCUGCAACAACGGCUGGUGCAUCUACCUGUACGGCUACUACUUCGAGAAGGACGUGGCCAUCCAGAACUUCUUCGGCACCGGCCACAGGCACGACUGGGAGCACAUCGCCGUGUGGGUGAGCGACGCCACGGGCAAGGCCGAGUACGUCGCCGCCUCGCAGCACGGCAACUACGAGGUCAAGCCGGCGUCCCAGGUCCGCUGGGACGGCGACCAUCCCAAGAUGGUCUACCACAAGGACGGCGCCAGCACGCACUGCUUCCGCUUCGCCAACGCCGACGACGACAGGAUCGAGAACGCCAAGGGCGUGUGGUUCCGCGGUGCGCUCGUGUCGUACAACGGCUUCCCUUCGACUGCCGUGCGCGACAAGCUGAUGGCCUACGACUUUGGCGCCGCGACCAUUGACUUCAAAGACUCCACCUUCCCGGGUGCCAUCGGGCGCGCGAAGCCGCCGGCCAUCGCCAACUUUGACCCGAACCUGGAUGUCGGGUCACCGGGGACGCCUUGAUGAAGGUGUUUGUCCUGUCUUGGUGGAGGCAUG